AUGGCUGUCAAUGAACAAUUACCAGCGAUAUACAAUCUACCAGAAGCUAAAGGAAAGACGCUAAAGAAAACGAAAGUUCCUGUGAACAAUGAGAAAGUUUCUGUGAAGAAUGAGAAAGUUCCUGUGAACAAUGAAAAAGUUCCUGUGAACAAUGAGAGAGUUCCUGUGAACAAUGAUAAAGUUGCUGUGAACAAUGAGAGAGUUCCUGUGAACAAUGAGAGAGUUCCUGUGAACAAUGGGAAAGAUCCUGUGAACAAUGAGAAAGUUCCUGUGAACAAUGAGAAAGUUCUUGUGAACACAAUCGAAACGUUCCUUUCUUGUGAACACAAUCAAAACGUUCCUGUGAACAAUGAGAAAGUUUCUGUGAACAAUGAGAAAGGUCAUGUGAACAAUGAUAAAGUUCCUGUGAACAAUGAGAAAGUUCCUGUAAACAAUGAGAAAGUUCCUGUGAACAAUGAGAUAGUUCCUGUGAACAAUGAGAAAGUUCCUGUGAACAAUGGGAAAGUUCCUGUGUACAAUGGGAAAAUUCCUGUGAACAAUGAGAAAGGUCCUGUGAACAAUGAGAAAGUUCCUGUGAACAAUGAGAAAGUUCCUGUGAACAAUGAGAAAGUUUCCGUAAACAAUGAUAAAGUUCCUGUGAACAAUGAGAAAGUUCCUGUGUACAAUGAUAAAGUUCCUGUGAACAAUUCGAAAGUUCCUGUGAACAAUGGGAAAGGUCCUAUGAACAAUGAGAACGUUUCUGUGAACAAUGAGAGAGUUCUUGUGAACACAAUCGAAAUGUUCCUGUGA